AUUUUGUGAUUAUCGAAAGAUCCUCUUAGGUAUCUUAAUUCUCCUAAUAAUCAAACUGAUAAGUCUAUUGAUAAAGUUAGUUAUGAUUGUGAAGAUCUCUUGGUACUGCAUAAUCUAAAACCCCUCAAUAACCCUAAUUCAGUUCCUAUCUCUUGGUACUGCAUAAUCUAAAACCCCUCAAUAUAUAUAUAUACAUGUAUAACAAGGGCUAGGUUAACAAAAAAAAAAACAAAACAAAAAAAGAGAAGAGAGUAAAUAAUAUAUAUGAAGAAGACUGAAAUGAGUCGAAGAGAUGUGAUUGUAGGCAGAGGAAUAUGGUAUGUAAUGGCUAUACUCUCGCUCUUUGGCCUCUCCAUAUCACUCAAUCUUAUGUGGCCACCUGGGGGAAAGUCGCCAGCAUUGUCUCGGUUCCUCAGGGACGGCGCGGUGAGUGCCACAACAUUCUAUGCAGUGACGGUACUCAGGUAUCUCUUAUUCACCGAUCCUCCUCCCUCCACUGGUUGCUACAAGGAUUUUACUACAAACAAAGAGAGGAUUCCUCAGUUUCUCUUUGCGAAGCUUUCCAUAUUAGCGUUACUGACAUCUCCGUCAAUGUAUUCACUUUUGGUGGAUCAUGACGUAUUGGUAUACAUGUCGUUAUUCACCAUAUCGUUGUUCACCGGUGGGAUAGGUCUGAUUCAGCUAUCAGAUAAGUUUAGGAUGGAGAUGAAGAAUGCUUAUAUCACGCUUCUUUGCGGUUGGUUGUGUUGCCUUUUUUGCACUUAUAUUUUUAUUUACCUCCCCAGUAUACACGUGGCUAUGAUUCUUGCAGGAGUUUAUUGGAUGUUCAUCUUUUUUCAUCUAUUUAAAUAAUUACCGCAGUUAGGAGCUCUCUACAAAUUCUGCUUAAUUUUUCUUAAUGGUAUUAGAGCCAUUAAAAAUGGUAUUGUAAGUCCUAUAUAAGAGACUCCACGUUCUGAGUUUAAUGACAUGUUAACUUCUUGCUUUUACCAUUUAUUUGAGAGCUAUAAAAUUAGUCAUACAUAUCCUUAUUUAACUUAGUACUAAUCAAAAGCUAUUCAUGACUUAUUGGACAUUUGGCAAUUGUAAUCUAUAUAACAUCGUCGUGAACCAAACGUUAAUACCACUAUCAAGACGAAUACUCAAUUUUACGAAUCAAGUACGGACCAAGUAAGAAGUACGAGCUGAGUAGCAAGUAAGAGCCUGCUCAUGAAACAGUGUGUAAUUAUCAGAAACAACUAUGAAACUGAGAGUGGGCAGAGUUCUACCUAACAAUUUUUUUUGUGAACAUUCGUAUAGAAUUCAAACCAUCUAAGCAACUUCUCUAUUAAACUAGCUGUGGUCUCACUGUCAAUUUUAAACCAAUCCAUUCAGGAAGUAGCCUAUGGGUUAUUCGUAUAGAAAAUGCAAAAUAGCUAUAUAAGCCAAUUAACAAUAACACAAACGUCAUUUAGUCACUAACACUUUUUCUCAUUCCCAAAACUCCAAAUGCAGAAGUUUACAACGUUGAAGAAAGACACAGCUUAUAAUGUUUUUACGAAGCAAACUGAGAGACAAAAACCAACUUCGAAGUGUGUACCCACGAGAGUCAAGGGCACAA